AUGUCUGAAUGGCCCUCUGAGACGAAAAGGAUGUGCGAAUUGAGAAUGGAGCCACCUCUUGUGAUGUCCGCCUUUGCCAUGACGGGACUAUCCAUGUACAUUAGCAAUUCUGAUGCUUGGAAAAUGCCUGGGAAGAAAUAUCAAAUCACCCUCGACCGCCAAUUUAAUUAUAUGACGCUCCCGAUGAUGAUGGGCCUCGUUCCUAUGGAGGACGGAGUAUACAUUGUUUCUGCAAGCUCAGUACGCCGUAUACGAGAUACAAAAGGACAAUUGAGAUGGAUUCCUACCCAGAACGGACGUAAUACAGCCGAAUCUGGUUAUGACGUUUCCCCGACACGGGGAUCAAUGAGUUUCGAUAUCUGGUUAGAGCCAAAGAGAUUUCAUAUCAAGGUCCCAAUUUUGGGAUCUGCAUAUAUCGGGAUGGCGCACUUGAGCUACCGCAUUGUCCAGCCGCGAAUGCCUCAGCGCGACCAUCCAGAGCGUGCCGUAAGAAACAUUUCCAUGGAUUUGGCAGAAGCAAUUCCUGGGAAAUCCGGGAUGGUCCAAUCGUUUCCUGGGAUGAUCCCGAGCCGUACUUCACGUGGCUUGAAAUGCAACACAAAAAAACACGCGUGUUUUUCGUGA